UUUCAUUCAGUACCUCGGGCGAAGCGGAGUAGAAUCGAUUGAACUAAGGCAGGUAAAUGCAAAAUGGAUGACCGAACAGGGCACUAUAACCAAAGGAAGUUGAUAGCACUACUGAAUGAAGCCAUAACGUCGUUCAUCGUUCAAAAAAGCCAGAAACUGAAAAUAAACAGAGCCUACACUUUAACUGCGGAAAUAAGCAAAGACAGCGUCCACUUGGGGAUAUCCGAGUCAAAUGGCGCGGCGAAAGCCAGGGAACCUACAAGACUGGACGAAGAGGUGGCCAAUCUGGAAUGCAAAGUAGCCACAAUGGGCGCAGAAUUGAGCGACAGCAAGGAGUGCAUUGAGGAGAUGAGGUCUAAGUUGAGGGCCAAGGAAGGAGAGGUCAAACAGUCCGAAGCGAAAGUUAGGGAGAAAGCCAGUGAAGUUGCUAGAUUGAACGAAGAGUUGGCUGUCCUGGGAGGUCAACUCGCCAUAAAUGGGGCAGAUUUGACUGGCAAAAGGAAGUGCAUUGAGGAAAUGCGGUCCAAACUGAUGGCCAACGAGAGUGAGGCUUCAGCCCUAAAAGGAAAAAUUGCUGAACUGAAGUACGCCAGCUCCAAGCAUUUGGACGAAUAUAACAAGGGCAAGACCGACCUGGAGGCCAAAGUGGGAGCUUACAAGUUCGAGGUAUCGAGUCUAAUCGAAAAAGUCGCGAAACUGGAGUCUGCUGCCCUUGAAAGCUGGAAAAUAUGGGACCACAAUAGCAAGUACAUAGCCAACCUGAUCCACGAAAAUUCAACGGCGAAGGAGAAACUGCAGUCUGCGGCUUUCGAAAUCCACAAUCACAUAAACGAAAGGAGACGAUGCAAGCUGGAAAUAAUCAGUCUGGAGGAAAGAAUUGUUAAGCUGGAGGAAAGUUUUAAAAGUGCCACUGAGUUUCUACCCGAACAAUUAAAAAAUUUGGUGUGCUCUUUAUACGAAAAGAAGAAAAUAUGUUUCAACAAAGUGUGCUCAAUGCUGGAGUGAAAGUUAUUAUUGAUUUCCUA